AUGGAGACAAGAGUACAAAAUGGCAGCGGUACCCAGCCUUUACUCCAGGUUCGGCGUGACAAUGGGAGACCACGUGGUGACAGUGACCCUAGGGAAAUACUAACACAGCAAGUUCAUGUGUUAUCAUUGGAACAGAUAAGAGCCAUACGAAAUACUAAUGAGUAUACAGAAGGACCUACGGUGGCUCCCCGGCCUUGAUUAAGCCUGCUCCUCGUCAAACUACCCAGCACAAAAAUGAAAGAGUACACACGGUAAUGGACCAGAGGCAAUUUUGCAGGAGUCCUCUUCCAUCAAUGCAUUCCUCAUCUCGGGCAUCUUUUUCACGAUCCACCAGUACUGUGAGUACAGGAUCUCGGAGUAGUACAAGGACAAGCACAAGUAGCAGUUCAUCAGAGCAGAGACUUUUGGGUCCAUCCCACACAUCAUCUGGGCUGGGUGCUGACCGUAUCAUCCGGGUGCAACCGCAGGUUGAGCUGAAACCAGAGGAGUUAAAGCCCUCCAGCAAAGAAGACUUGGGCUUACAUGCAUACAGGUGUGAGAGCUGUGGGAAAUGUAAGUGCCAAGAAUGCACUUAUCCAAGGACUCUUCCCUCUUGUUGGGUUUGUGACAAGCAGUGCCUUUGCUCAGCAGCACAGGAGGUUGUGGACUAUGGAACUUGUGUUUGCUGUGUGAAGUGCCUGUUCUAUCAUUGCUCAAAUGAUGAUGAGGACAAUUGUGCUGACAACCCUUGCUCCUGCAGUCAGGCACAUUGCUGCACGCGUUGGUCUGUCAUUGGUGUUAUGUCCAUGUUCUUGCCUUGUUUAUGGUGUUACCUUCCAGCCAAGGGUUGCCUUAAAUUGUGCCAGGGCUGUUACGACCGAGCAAAAAGACCUGGAUGCCAAUGCAAAAGGUCAAAUACAGUAUGUUGUAAAGUGCCACAGUUACAGCCCAGGAACUCGGGGAAGCCAACAUAG